AUGAAGGGGGACCUCUCCGACCCCCGCGGCUUCCUCCACUCCUGGAAAGCCACCGACCUCGGCGGCGCCUGCUCGGGCGCGUGGACGGGGAUCAAGUGCGUCAACGGCAACGUCGCCACCAUCACGCUCCCAUGGCACGGGCUGGCAGGCACCCUCUCCGCGCCGUGGCUCGGCCAGCUCACCCGGCUCCGCCGCCUCAGCCUCCACGACAACGCCAUCGUCGGGGCCUUCCCGAGCUCGCUCGGCUUCCUCCCCGACCUCCACGGCCUCUACCUCUUCAACAACCGCUUCUCCGGCACCGUCCCUCCGGAGAUCGAUUGCUGCCUCAUGCUGCAGUCCUUCGAUGCCAGCACCUCGCUCGCCCAGAAGUUUGGGCACACCUCCUUCGCCGGCAACAUACUGCUCGGUGGGUACUUUGCUUCCUCGCCGCCAUGUCCCGUGUCCACGUCUCCGGCGCCGGCGUCAACCUCGCAGGGGACAACCGGGUGCCACGGCCUCCGCAAGUUCAGCUCCAAGGAGCUCGUACUGAUCAUCGCCGGGAUUGUGAUCGGCGUCCUCAUCUUGCUAUCGCUCUGCUGCCUCUUGCUCUGCUUAUUGACAAGGAAGAAGAAGUCCAGCACUGGCACCAAAGCACAGAGCGGGAAGCAGUUGUCAAGCAAGGACGCCACCGGCGCCGGCGCCGCUGCAGCUGCCGGGCAAGGCGAGAAGCUGGGGGCGUCCAAGGCGGAGUCCGGCGGCAACGUGGGCGUCAAGUUGGUGCACUUCAACGGGCCGCUGGUGUUCACGGCCGACGACCUGCUGUGCACCACCGCGGAGAUCAUGGGGAAGAGCACGUACGACACAGUGUACAAGGCGACACUGGAGGAUGGUAGCCUGCUGGCCGUGAAGCGGCUGCGGGAGAAGAUCACCAAGGGGCAGAAGGAGUUCGAGGCCGAGGCGGCAGCUCUCGGCAAGGUCCGGCAUCCCAACCUGCUCUCGCUCAGAGCCUACAACCUCGGUCCCAAGGGGGAGAAGCUGCUAGUCAUCGAUUACAUUCCCAAGGGCAGCCUCUCCGCCUUCUUACACAAUGAGAUUGCUUCCUUCAAAAUUGUUCAUCCUUUGAAGCUGGAUCCAGCUCUGUGCCCCAAGAUCACUGACAUCAGCCUGUCUUGCCUCAUGACGGCCGCAGUGAACUCGAGCGUGCUAGCUGCGGCGAGCGCGCUGGGGUACCGCGCGCCGGAGCUGUCCAAGCUCAAGAAGGCCAGCGGCAAGACCAACGUGUUUAGCCUGGGCAUCAUCAUCCUGGAGCUCCUCACCGGCAAGUCCCCUGCCAACACGACCUACCACAGUGGGUGGGGUCCAUCGUGA